CCUGCAUCAACCCUGAUAUUAUCGAUAUCAGUCCUUGCUUAACCACCCCCUCAACCUCCUGCCAUCGACACAACGCUGCGAAUACUCUAUCCUGUAUACAGUCAGCAACCAAAUCGCCCGCGAUGCCUACUGAUAAAGACUUCGAGGACCUCCGCCGACUCGGCUUCUCCGACUCUCGCCGCAUCAUCCAAGCGCUUCCCAAUCCUGGGGACCUAGAGGCGUAUUGUGCGUGGCUACAUGCCCGCAGCCAAGCCUUCCGCGCGCCGCCCAUCUCGUGCGCCGACUUUGUCGCCCAGAUCGACUCGGCCAACCUUAUGGACAAGACUGUUCGCAUCAAACUCACCAGGUCCGCGAUGGAGAACAUCCCGCCGGUGGUGCCUAUUGGCUCUGACAUUGAUAAUCUAUAUCGCCUCGUCGUCGACCCGUACCACCUCAUCCCGCAUGACCAGAACUGCAGCUAUAGGACGCUAGACGGCACUGAAGAGCUCAUGAGCGGCUGCAUACUCGGGGUCAAUACGACCAUUCAGCCGCGGGAGCCCGCCCUCCCCGUCAGUUGCCGCAAUGCCAAUCUCUCAGAGCGGUCAACGCGGUCCGCCGAGAGCGACGACGACGACACUCCCGGCUUCAUCUUCUUCCAGCUAGGGACACUACAGUAUGCGUGGCACAACCACGAGGACAACUGGUCCUCGGACAUUGCCGAAGAGGUAGCGGCUACCAUGGACGAUGACGACGACGGCAACGUCGACUGGCUAGAUACCGAGUUUUACCUGGUUGCUCGGCUGGGGCAGUCUGGACGCACCACCGGCGUCUAUGCCAUCUACAAUAUGUUCCAGACCUACGGCAAUAGCUGCUACCGGCGACAGAUCGUCCACGAUCAAUGGGGCAUCCUACCUCCUCUGUAUGGCGGCGGGGAGAGGCAGCAGUUCUCCAUGGCACGUAUCGGGGACACCCUAGGAUGUCUAGGGUAUGGGAAACCGCUUGUCCUGGAGGAAAAGGUCGAGCAUCCUGUCGAGCUCGUCCGGGUGAAGCCUUCGGGAAACGCCCUAGGUGCGAUUCGGCAGACGGUGGACGACACCGCGACAUUUAAUAGAAGCAUACAUUAACUCCCUACCGGACUCGAUGUGUAACGUGCGUGAUUGUGAGUGAAUAUAGCCACCUUCUAGUACGGUCCGCGGACUUGUUAUAUCGCCUUACCCCUAUUUACCUAUCCCCUAUUUACCUUAGUCAGGACUAAGUUAGUAAGUAGGGAUAAGAGCCCGAGAGAUUAAAAGAAGGACAACGUAGCUAUAUCUAGUUAUUAGAGCUUUUUAGCUUUACGAACGAUAGCUUAGAACCUAGAAGAAUUAAGCUUUUCCUACUAAGUCUUAUCUAUC